GCGGCGAGCGAGAUGCUGGGCAGGCGGCCGCGCGAUCCCCUGCAGGCCCUGCGGCGCCGCAGCCAGGAGCUGAAGCAACAGGUUGAUAGUUUGCUUUCUGAAAGCCGAUUGCAAGGAGCUCUAGAACCCAAUAAAAGGCGAGAUAUUUUCCAAAGAUGUAUCCAGUUAAAACAGGCAAUAGAUGAAAAUAAAAAUACUCUUCAAAAAUUAAGCAAAGCCGAUGAACCUGCACCUGUUGGGAACUAUAAUCAGAGGAAAGAAGAGGAACAGAAUCUUUUGGAUAAGCUUACCCACCAACUGCAGGAACUUGCUGUGGCCAUAAGCAGAGAAAAUAUAACUGAACAUGGGGCGCCUACUGAAAGAACAGAUGAUGACGAUUCUUCUGAAGAAGAUGAUGAAGAAGAAGAAAGUGGAGAAAGCUGUGGUGAGGAAGAAGAGUCAGAAGAGGGAGAGGAAGAGAAACAGGAAAGUGAAUCUCCCAGACAUGCACCAAGUAAAGAAUACAUUGCAGUUGGAGAUUUCACUGCCCAGCAAGUCGGGGAUCUGACAUUCAAGAAAGGUGAAAUUCUCCUUAUAAUUGAAAAAAACCCUGAUGGUUGGUGGAUAGCAAGGAAUGCCCAAGGAAAUGAAGGUCUCAUUCCCAGAACCUACCUGGAGCCUUAUAAUAAAGAAGGCCAAGAAUCAAGUGAAGAGGGCAGUGAAGAAGACGUAGAGGUGGUGGAUGAAACAGCAGAUGGCACAGAAGUUAAGCAAAGAACUGAUUCCCACUGGAGUGCUGUUCGAAAAGCUGUCUCAGAGCAAAUAAACACUGUUGAUGUGUUAACCACGAUGGGAGCUAUUCCCUCUGGGUUCCGGCCCGCCACACUCUUCCAGCUUCUGGAGGAAGGGAAUCAAUUUCAUGCAAGUUACUUCUUACAGCCAGAGCUCACACCUUCACAACUGGCCUUCAGAGAUCUAAUGUGGGAUGCUAAAGCAGGCACUAUUAGGUCAAGUCCAAGUCGUGUUUCAUUGAUUCUGACCCUAUGGAGCUGCAAAAUGAUUCCUUUUCCAGGAAUGAGCAUUCAGGUUCUGAGCAGACAUGUACGCCUCUGUCUAUUUGAUGGUAGUAAGGUUCUGAGCAACAUUCAUACAGUUAGAGCCACAUGGCAGCCUAAAAAGCCCAAAACAUGGACCUUUUCUCCCCAGGUUACUGGCAUCUUGCCAUGCUUGCUCGAUGGUGAUUGUUUUAUCAGGUCCAAUUCUUCCUCUCCAGAUCUUGGAAUAUUAUUUGAACUUGGAAUUUCUUAUAUUCGCAAUCCAACUGGUGAAAGAGGAGAAUUAAGUUGUGGCUGGGUGUUUCUUAAACUUUUUGAUGCCAGUGGAGUUCCCAUUCCAGCAAAAACUUAUGAACUGUUCUUGAAUGGCGGUACUCCUUAUGAAAAAGGUAUUGAAGUGGACCCGUCAGUAUCCAGAAGAGCGCAUGGCAGUGUUUUCCAUCAGAUGAUGACUAUGAGAAGGCAGCCUCAACUUUUAGUAAAACUGAGAUCUUUGAGCAGAAGAUCAAGAAACGUACUGAGUCUACUGCCAGAAACAUUAAUUGGAAGUAUGUGCACCAUUCACUUGUUGAUAUUUUAUCGACAAGUUCUUGGAGAUGUGCUCCUGAAAGACAGGAUGAGCUUGCAAAGUGCUGAUUUAAUUAGUCAUCCGAUGCUGGCCACCUUCCCCAAGCUCUUGGAGCAGCCUGACGUGGUGGAUGCUCUCAGGAGUUCAUGGGCUGAAAAAGAAAGCACAUUAAAAAGAUCAGAGAAGAGAGACAGAGAGCUCCUGAAGGCCGCGUUUCUCCUGGUCUACCAUGACUGCGUGUUCCCUCUUCUCCACUCCACGCUCCUGCCCCCGUUCAGGUGGGCAGAAGAGGAGACAGAGGCUGCGCGAUGGAGAAUUAUCACCGACUUCCUUAAGCAGAGCCAAGACAGCGAGGGCGCCCUGCAGGCCCUGCUGUCGCCAGACGGAGUUCAUGAACCUUUCGACCUUUCAGAGCAGACCUAUGACUUCUUGGGUGAAAUCAGAAAGAAUGUGGCCUGACAGUGGCAGUCCUUGGUCCUCAGCUUCCCGCUGAACCUGGUAGACCCUCCAUGAUGACUUGAAUAAAAUGA